AUGUCCAGUACUGCACUAGACGGUGCGUUGAAGUCCAAGAAUGUACUACUCGCCUUCGGAGGCGUCGUGGUCGCAGCAGCAGCUUGGUCCAUCUUCGGUGGCGACUUGUUUCCCGCACAAGAAGAUCCCAAGGGCGACCCCGAGACAUGGACCAGAGAAGAGAUGAGAAGAUGGCUGGCCGCGAGAAAGCUACAUCCGCAUAGACGUGAUACCCGGGAGGAGCUGCUUGCUAGGGUGUUAGCGAACAUGAGGCUUCCACGGACAUGA